GCUGGAGAAUGAGAGUGCCAAUUACUAACCCCGAGGAAGAAGACGCUUUAUCCUUACCUUUAUCAGGAAUUUAGCAACACAAAUGGCGGCUUCGAACAAGCAGCUGACGUCGUUUUUCAUAGAGGACAUUUUAUCCUUAAAAGAGGGUAAAAAAGAAGACUUCUGCAAAUCUGAGAGCGACAGAGCCGACAGCACAGACGGACGAACAGACUCGGAGGACGUGUCGGUUUGUCAGAGCCCUGACGAUAGAUCAGAGUCGACCGCGGAUUUGGCGGGAGGCGGCGGCGGCGGCGGGAAGAAGAAGCGGUCGCGCGCAGCGUUCACGCACCUGCAGGUGCUGGAGCUGGAGAAGAAGUUCAGCCGCCAGCGCUACCUGAGCGCGCCCGAGCGCGCGCACCUCGCGAACGCGCUGCACCUGACGGAGACGCAGGUGAAGAUCUGGUUCCAGAACAGGAGAUAUAAAACCAAGCGGAGGCAGCUAACGACAGACUUUCAGAAACCCGACGCCACAGUUGUGUCUGCUAGAGAGGAGGACUUCUUCAGAGCUUCGCUUUUAGCGACGGUCUAUAAAUCAUUUCCAUACCGGCCUUACGUGUAUAACUUACACGGACUGAGUGUAUGGAGAUCAGCACUCUGAUGAUAUUUGGGACAUUAAAAUGGACUUUCUCAGAUUAUUGUGAAUAAUAUUCUUAAUUAUUAUGGUGAUUUUUUAUUAUUAUUAUUAUUUUAAGUAUUGUACAGCUUUAUAUUCUGUGAAAUAAAAUAUUUUUAUUAAAGGUG